AUGGGUGAGAAGCAGGAAUGGCUCGCGCGGAUGGACGAUGAGAAGCUCUCUGUCCGCGCCACUGCACGUCUCGCCGGGGUGCAGCCUGUCAACGUCCACCGGUGGAUAAGGGCGGCGGAUCGGAUUAAGAAGGCGGCACCGUCCAGGCGCCGACUCAACGUGCACGUCGCCCCUGAGGUGGAGGAGUGGGUGAACCCACUGUUCGCCACAGCCGCGGAGGAUGAGGAGGCGGCAAAGGCUGCGGAUGCUGAGGAUGCCGGGGACCUGGAGGAGGAGGAGGAGGAGGAGGAGGAGGAGGAGGAGGAGGAGGAGGAGGAGGAGGAGGAGGAGGAGGAGGAGGAGGAGGAGGAGGAGGAGGAGGAGGAGGACGACGACGACGACGACGACGAUGUGGAUGACGAGGAAGAGGAGGCGGAGGGUGGGCUGGAGGAGGACGCGAACGCUAAGUGCUUGAUGGAAUCUAACAUGACCAAGCCGUAG